CUUCCCUUCUCCCUGUGCUGUGUCCUGCUUUCCCUGUGCCAGCUUUAACCGCAAUGUGAAGGCGACGUCACUUCAGCAUGGGUGUCCCAAUAAUUACCCUCCUCCUAUCGGUCACUGUGUCACUUCUUGGCGGCCUAAUAUUUGGAUAUGAGCUUGGUAUUAUCUCUGGGGUUCUACUUCAGCUAAAGAAUGAGUUUCUUCUCACCUGUUUUCAGCAGGAGGUCCUGGUGAGUGCAGUACUGGUGGGGGCCCUGGUUGCUUCCCUGGUGGGUGGCUUCUUUAUUGACCACUCUGGCCGCCGGACCUCUAUACUGGCCAGCAAUGUGGUGGUGCUGAGCGGCAGCAUCAUUCUAAUCUCAUCUGGAUCCUUCUGGUGGUUGGUGGUUGGCCGUGUCACUAUAGGCUUUGCCAUCUCCAUCUCUUCCAUGGCUUGCUGCAUCUAUGUGUCUGAGAUUGUUCAGCCUCAACAGCGUGGCAUGCUGGUGUCCCUUUAUGAGACUGGCAUCACCGUGGGCAUUCUACUCUCUUUUGGAGUGAACUACUUCCUGUCUGGCUGGAAAUACAUGUUUGGUUUGGCGAUUUUUCCAGCCUUAUUACAAUUCAUCAGUAUCCUGUUUCUUCCAUCCGAACCUUCUAAAGUAAGUUCCCCAGACGGAGAAACCCACAAUGUACUCAUUCAGCUGCAGGACUUUGAGGAAGUGGAAGAUCUGAAGACCUCUUCAUCCAACAAAGUGUACUCUUUUCUUGAUCUCUUUAGCACUAAAGACAAUAUGAGGACCAGAACACUGGUGGGGGUAGGGCUGGUGUUUUUCCAACAAUUAACUGGUCAGCCCAAUGUCCUGUACUACGCCUCCACCAUAUUUCGCUCAGUUGGAUUCCAGAGCAAUUCCUCCGCCAUGCUGGCCUCUGUGGGGCUUGGGGUAGUCAAAGUUCUUUCCACACUGAUAGCCAUGAGCUGUGCAGACAAGGCAGGGAGGAGAGUUUUACUUCUCACCGGCUGUGUCAUAAUGACCAUCUCCAUAACCGGAAUAGGAUGCGCAAGUUUUAUGAUCCAGUUGGAUCCUUACAAGAGCUGUGAGUCCCUGGCACAAGUUAAUGCAUCUUCUCAUCUAUCAAACUCCACCAUAAGACUGGAAUCCAUUGAUGACCUUCGUGUGUCCCUUCACGCUCAGCUCAGUGACACCAAGAUGGCAGGGCAGGUUUUUACCUCAGACAUGAUUAGCAGUUACACAUCUGGAGUGACUGGACCCAGCAGGAGGCGAGUAAAGCACACAGAUCCUUUGGCGAGAGCUGGUCCGCUGCGCAGUCGCACUGCUUUGAAUUGGAUUACUCUCUUGAGUUUGAUGGCGUUUGUAAGUGCUUUUUCUAUUGGAUUUGGACCAAUGACUUGGCUGGUCCUCAGUGAGAUCUACCCCACUGAAAUCCGGGGUCGAGCCUUUGCCUUCUGUAACAGCUUAAACUGGGCCACCAACCUGCUGAUCACACUGACCUUCCUGGAUGUCAUCGAGUCCAUAGGCCUGUCCUGGACCUUUCUGCUCUACGGCAUCAUCGGAGUCGUGGCCAUAAUAUUUAUUUACCUAUUUAUUCCGGAAACCAAAGGACGGUCGCUGCAGGAGAUCGACAAGCUGUUCUCAGAUAAAAGGUUUCUUUCCAGAAGUCCAGUAUGGGGGAUAAUUCAAUCUGGUCACCGCUACCGAAAAAUGGAACAAUCCACCACAUCAGACUCCAGCGCCUCAAGUUGCUUCUAAUAACAUAGGGGGCUCUCGGCAUGUACGUCAUGGCAGAUGGUGCCUUGUAACUGAUGGGCGGUUGCCGUCCUGCUUCACGUACUGACCAGAGGUUGUGUCCACAAGUUACCUGUAUGUACCUAGGGUCACAGCCGACACACUAGGGGAGAUUUAUCAAAACUGGUGUAAAGGAGA